GACGGUCGCGGGAGCAGCGGUGCGCGGGCGCAGCGCAGGCCGCAGUCGACACCGAGAGCUCAGCGCACACGCACGUCAACAUGUCGCAAGAACCGACCUUCUGGGAGGAGCUGACGAGCCCCGUCAACCUCAUCUUGGUUCUAUUCAUCGUGUACCUGAUCUACAAGAUCAUCAGGUCCAAGUUCGAGACGGAGGUGGAAGUCCCCCCGCCUCCACCGCCCCUGCCCAAGAUCAGGAAGGACCUGACGGUCGCAGAACUGAGCAAGUAUGAUGGCACCCAACCCGACGGCAGGGUCUUCCUGGCCGUCAACGGAAUAAUCUUCGAUGUCACCAGGGGAAAGAGGUUCUAUGGCCCUGGUGGUCCGUAUGCAGCGUUCGCGGGGCGCGACGCGACGCGCGGACUUGCGACUGCGCAGGUGGCGGGGUCGGACCAGGAGUACGAUGACCUCAGUGACCUCACCCCCGACGAGGUCGCCUCCGCCAAGGAGUGGGAAGACCAGUUCAGAGAGAAGUACGACAUCGUGGGGAAGCUAUUGAGGCCGGGGGAGGUCCCGACCGUGUAUUCCGACGACGAGAGUGAAGAGAAGACCGAGGACAAGAAGACGCAGUAGACAAAAUUAUGCUUUAAUACGUCCGCGUAGAGUUAGUCUAGUUUAACAGCGAGUUUCAUACACCUCUUACAACGUAUCAUGAUUAGAGUGACAAAUCUUACGUCUCUAUCGUUCUAAGCUGUUCACCGUACGUGCGAAAGAGACUUAUCUCUCGUCUCUUUCACUCUAGCCGAUGUACGGUCACGAAUACUAAUAUAUAUACACUUUGAAACCAUGUCAUAUUAACUUUUUUGAGAAAUUAAACCGGAAGUCUCAUUAAAUGUCAAAUACUCGUAUGAUAAAGUGAGACUGUACUUUAUCUCUGUCCUGCUGUCAUUCUAAUUGUGCUACGUUCAAAGGGCCUAGUCAAGUUGCAAAUGUUCAUAUCACUCGCUACCUCCUGUCCGCGUAGGUCCAUAUUGCUCUAUGCUCGAUACCGUAUAACUCGCUCGAAAAGAAACGCCUCGCUGGUACGCAUCCUUUUUUAAUUCGUUGUAUAAUAUAUCUACAUUGGUGCUGAUUUCAAUACACGAGUGUUAUUUUAAGUUACACCUGUCAUUUUCUUAUUCGCAACGGAAAACGCGAAACGGAAAGGAUACAGGGGGGGGGGGGGGGGGGGGUACAGGCAUAAAAUUUAUGGAACACACUGUAGUGUAUUGAUAUUGCUAUCCUUGUCUCGGGCGCAUACGUCAUCCGAAUACAGAGCAAGACAAAUAGUCAGUCAAUGCAGGACGGUCUGCCUGUACAGAGUGAUGGUGUGUUGGCGAGCCAAAUCAUGGCAGUAUACAAAAGGUGUACUCUACACACACGUCAAUUUUAAACUUUAUAUUGGCCAAUAAUCCGACAGAAUUAAGUUGACAGCGCACGUCGAACGGGUUGCAUAUCAGCGAGAUACCUAUUAUAUUCGCCCGGGUUAUUCAUUUUAAAAUGAAUAGUUGUCAAUCAUUCGUCCCUUUCCUUUUCAGUGGAAAAGAAAAUGACGGGUAUAACUUAAAAUAAAGUUAGGUGUCUGCAGGUAUCGGGGGCAUUAGUAAGAUUUGCAAUUUGGGUAAGCCCUCACCUACGCCCUCACCCAGCCCGUUGCCCACUGUGCUGUUGCGUAUGAGAUUGAGAGCACUCGAUGCCAGUAUCAUUAGUAUCACCGCAAGGAUAUCUUACGAUCGUUUGUCUGAUUGAUGAUGACAAAUUAGAACAUACGGUGCAAGAGCGGACUGUAACAUACCUUACGUCAUUUUUGUAGCGUGAGGCUGAGGACACGGCGCGGACGUAGCGAUUUCCUUAUUGUUGCGCCCGCGCCGCAUCGAUGCUUAUACAUUUUAAUGUGAUACCUGUCACUUUCUUAUUGGCCAAAAAGCAAAAGUAGACUCACGCAAUGUAUAAGUACUGAAUUGUUAAUGUAAUGUUUAUAGAAUAACAUAAAUAAUAUGAUUAUUAUUAUAAUUUCCUCGUUAACUGUUUUAAAAUAUACUUUUUUUACUAUAUGAGUAUGUUAGGUGAUAUUCUGUUUUGUGAUAUUAAAUUUUGAGUUGCAGUA